UCAAGCAACUCUGUUUUUAUAUGAAACAGUAAAUUUGAGCAGCUUGGCGUCGUUAUAAAUAAAAUUUAUUAAAAAUAUACAAACAAAACGCAUGUCUUGCUAAUUUAAACAGCAAACUAUACUGUAUACGGAAUGGCUCAAAUCUGGAUGGACAACGAAAAUGCGGGUGCACACAUGCUGCCCCGAUCAGCGCGCAAGGCCAUGGGCGACAAUCCACUGCAGCAGUCCGCCAAAAAGAGCGUGCUCGGCAAACUGGACAACAUGUUAAACAAUAAACCGCAUCUGACGCCCUUCAAAGGCGCCAACACGAAAUUUCCCGCUAGCUGCGCGCCAAAAAUUUCCCUUUGCAAAGAAACGCUGCAGAAACAGCAUCGGAAGCUGCCCCAAAAGGCAUCGGCGUCCCAGCAGCUGCUGGAGGCGCAGUUCAAGGCGCCGCAGUCUGUGCCGAAUGUGGCGAACGAUCUUUAUGCAAAAAGCGCCGACUCCACGAAUGAUUUCGAUUUAUUCGACUACAUGGAUUUUCCCUCAGCGAAAUGCUUAAAUAAUUGCCAGAAACCCAUCACAUUUAAGAAUUUCGAACCCAUGCUCAAUGAGGAGCUCAUAUCUAAAUUACUGAACACAUUGGAAAUGGAUGAGGAAGUUGUGGAAGAUAUCCCUAAUCAUCCCGACCUUGAUGCUGACGAUAUAGCCUAAAAAAAAAUAAAAUAUAAAUCGAAUGAAAUCGAACAGCCUAAAGAUGAUAUAUUCAAUCCAAAAAAACCAUCUUAUUUAUAUUUCACAGACUUCGAGUGGGAGCUUUAGGAACAACUUCAUAAAAAAAGUUAGAGUACAUUUUGUUUUAGUCACAAUUUCUAUAUUUAAGCUAUGAAAG